AUGGGAGCGGAGAAAAAAGUUACAUUUGGCUCCAACUACAAUCAAGGGCAAUCUAACACUCUCUACCGACCCCCGAGAAACUCCCAAGGUGAGAUGGUGAUGCAAAAGAGUGAGGCAAAGGAUGUAGAAGAAAGUUUAACCAAGGUCAUCAAUGAUUUGAAAAGAGACCAAGGAUUCUUUAGGCAAGAAAUCACACAAGAAAUUAGGCAAGAAAUAGCCUCAGUGAAACAAGAGUGCACUCUUUCAAUGAAGAAUAUUGAAACUCAAAUGUCUCAAAUGUUCCGAUUAAUGUCCGAAAGACCAUGGGGAACACUACCAAGUAAUACCGAGAACAACCCCAAGGAGAGAGUGAAUGUGGUGUCCGUAGUAAGCCCAAAAGAAGAAGAAAGAAAAGAUACAAUGGAAAAGGUGUGUGAAGAAGAUGAAACCUAUACCGUGAAAGUCAAUAAGCAAGUGAUUACCUCUUGUGGUCUCUUGAGUAAGGAGGAAGAAACUGACACCUCCUGUGCCCUUAAAGAAGUUGAGAAAGAAGCUCCGCUAUCAAAAAGCAAGACUCAAACACCUCGUAAGACAAGAUUAGGCAACCGUCAAGAUUUUGAAUGUGAUGGAAGGGAAGAUUUUAUCUUGAAUACUCUUUGUCGUGCAUGUUUUGUUAAUGAAGACUUUGAUAGUGAUGAAGAGGAUGAUUUAUCUCAAAUCCAACUUAGUGUAGAGACAUCGACUAUCCUUCACAAAGGAUGCCCAAGCAAGCAAGGUGAUCCAGGUGCUUUCUUUGUGAAAUGUGUUAUAGGAGAUUGUGUUUUUAAAGAUGACUUAGCCGAUUUGGGAGCCUCCGUUAAUAUCAUGCCUUCCCAUAUCUUUGAAAGUCUCAAGUUUCCUUGUAUAGCUCCCACACCACUUGUUGUUCGGUUAGACGACGGGACUACUCGUUAUCCCCGAGGUGUGGUUGCGAAUGUUCUUGUCAAAGUUGGAAGAAAUCUUGUACCGAUUGAUUUUAUGGUGCUAGACGUAGGAAAGGAUUUGGAGGUGCCAUUGAUUCUAGGAAGACCAUUUUUGGCUACUUGUCGUGCCCUAAUCGAUGUAGGGACGAGCAAACUCAUCUUUAGAAUCAACGGGGACAGUUGA